CAAAAUAAAUCUGGACUGAAAAAUAGUAUCAGAAAAAGCCGCUCCUGUGACAGCAGUCCAAGGGAAAGUUGGACUUCAAGAGGACAUCAGAACAGAGCUUCAUGGAAUUCAAUGAAAGAGAGUAAUCAAACAGGGAACUAUUCUCUUUCUUCACCUCGAAGAUCAACAUCAGGUGUAAAAGAGUUCAGUGAAGAGCAUCAGAAAACCUGUAAUAUUUCUCCUUUACACAGAAAAUCUUCUUAUAUAAAUAGUCACGUUAUCGGACAAGACACUUGUGCAACCUACAAUAACACGUCAACCUUACCAAAGACAUCUUCUAGCAGAACAGUUGGACAAGACCAAGAGCCAUUUUCGAGUAAUGCCCUUUACCUGCUUAAAGACUCAGAUAAUACGGACAGAGUAGGGAAUCCACAAGAUCAAUGUAAUGUUGUUCCCCCUCCUCUACCUGUCAAAACGUCUUCAAGCUUUGAGAAAGUAGAAGCCAAUCCAAAGACAUCUUUGGAUAACGUACCCUCUUUACCUAGAAGAUCUCUGAUUAGCAAACAUUGUCAACAACAACAACACUUAAACUCUACAAAUAUUUCUUCUUUACAAAGAGAAUCAUUUAUGAACGUAAACAAAAAAGCCACUCAAGAGGAACAACAAACAAUUUAUUUAAACUUUAAUGAGUCAUCUUCUGACAGCAUAAAGGCAAAAUACGAUAAAACUUCUGUCAAAGUCCAAACGAAUGACCUGAUCAACAAAAAUGAGCAGAUGAAGAACGGUACCGAUACAAAGAUAAAUGGAUUUGAAAAUUUCAGUAAAAAUGAAUCAGGAAAAACAUCGCCUAUCUUGGAAAUUUCAUCUGAAAACUGUCAUGACCAGAAAAAUCCUCCCAAAGUUUCAAAGAUGUCGGAGAGAAGCCCCCUAGCGUCAACCUUGACAAAAGAAAAUAAGUCUACCAUCUGCUCCAGCUGUCCCGGAAUCUCAUCGAAGAUUGGUUACCAUGGCAUAGAAGCUGUAUACCCUUACAAAGAUGCCAAGUCAGACCAUAACACCAUUAAUGGUAACUUACAUAGCUACACGUGGUACCAUGGGCCUAUUUCGCGCCAAAAGGCAGACCAACUAAUCGUUAAAAAUGGCGAUUUUCUUAUUCGAGAUUGUAACUCUCGAGCUGGAAGCUACGUCUUAACAAGUCGGUGGAAUGAUCAGCCACUGCAUUUUGUAAUCGACAAGGUCGAACAUUUCCACAAGCUUUCAUACAGAUUUGCUGAUGCAAACUAUGACUCCAUCUACGAGUUAGUAAGGAACAUGAUGGAGACUAAGAUGUAUCUUUCUUCGGCUUCUGAAGCAGUACUUACUCACCCAGUGACGCGAACGUCGUGCCAAAAUUCUGAAGGAAAUUUAAUUAAUUUCUCAAAGGAGAACGAAAGUUCUGACGAAGCCCCUUGCUUACCUCCAAAGAAAACUCCUCUAUAUAUGCAUGGAACUGCUUCUGUUGAUCCUCGUUGCUUGGCUACCAUCAGUUCUAAUGAAGGAUCAACCUCCACAGCAUUUGUCAAACAAACCCAGAGCCUACACAGUGAAGAUGCUGAAAGAAUUCGUCAUGAUUCUACAAAUGAAUGGACUAAAUAUAGCCCUAAAAGCAGUCACUUACUUAUUGAAACUGAGGACCUUGAGAGCUCCUCUAAAAUCUCUCCAACUAAAUUUUCUAUCCCAAGCCCAGAUUCUGAGCUAGUCAAUAGUGACCAUCCUCCUCCAAAACCUAGUCGCAUUCCAUCCAUUAAGUAUGCUCAAAAUCCAAGAAACUUGUCAUCCAAAAUGUCAUAUGAUUCUUUUGGGAAAGAUAUUACAAUGACAGAAAAAAGAUUUCAAACUUUGCCUCCUAAAUCCACAACUCAGUGUAAGUCAAUGAACAAUGUAACAAGUGUACUAAAGCAUAAUGUAAAACCAGAAACUAUGACUUCACAUUUAUUUCAGCAGACUGGAAAAGAUAUCCCCUCUGCAAAACUGACUAACAGUGAUGAAGGUUACGUAAGAAAAUUUUCCGUGCCUGAUAAAAAUCCCACUUCGGUAUUCUGCCUCUCAACUUUCUCUACUGUUCUCUUGCUUCCUGAAAGUAAACCAUUUGACAAUUCGACUAAUGUAAAAGUUUCAACCUUAUUGAAGAACAAUGAAGCUAAGACAUUAGCCAUUCAUCUAACCAAAAAUGAUUUUGAUAUAUUUAAGUACACUGAUAAUUACGAUCUAGGACUAGGGGUCAGAAAUGGCUUGGAACUGUUAACCUUACCCCAAGGGGAACAACUGCGGAUAGACCUCAUAGAAAGGUCCGAAUGCUUAAAAUAUCUAGUAGCAGCAACUAUCUUGACCACGGAGGGUCCCCUGGAUAGAGCUGAGCUGGUCAGUAAAUGGAUCGGAGUGGCGGUUGAAUGUAAGACCUCCUUAGGAAAUCUAUAUGGCUUUUCAGGAAUUAUGAAAGGUCUUUCGAUGCCUCAGGUUUCCCGACUUCAAAACACGUGGUUAGUAGUACGUCAAAAUUUCACUGAGAAUGCUUUCAUUUAUGAAAGCAAAAUGCGUCCAUUUUUGAAAUCUCUUGAGAUAAAUCCCGAAACCGAAGUCUUAAACUCGUGUAUACCUUAUAUCAUAUGCCUGAUCUCUGUUCUACAGCGCCAUCUAAAGGUAAGUAAGCUAACGGAGAAACCUCCAGAAAUAGAAACAAACUGCAAGGACGCACAACCAGUGAAUAGUGCGAUGUUGCCAUGGGAAUAUACAACUGCAGACUAUGGUCUUCAGAUGCUGAUGAAUCAUCUAGAGUUGGGCAGGACGGUUGUGAGGGAAAUCGAUACAUAUCAGAAGAAGUGUAAAACAUACAUGCAUAACAUAAAAUAUGAUGACCAAUUGCUGGAUUUGUUUAGAACAGAGUUUCAUAUGAAGUUUCUCUGGGGCACUAAAGGGGCGAAAGCCUUUAGUGAUGAUAGGUACUCAAAACUCGAACAGGUUCUGAACUUGCUUUCCCAGAAUCGAGAAACUAGUUAAACACACUGAACAUGUGUUUGGUCAACAUCACUGUAAACCUGAAAGUCAAGCUGGAACUGGUGCAUAAUUAUACCGUGUUUGAUACGACGGUCUGAAUGCAGGCCUAGCAAGCAGCUGGAGGAUUUAACAAUUGCUCUAAAAACCCAAGCAUAGCCUCGAAACAGAUUGGCCAGCUAGAGUAAAAUACAGGCUGCAGAGAUGACAGCCUUAAGAUUCGUAUAUGGAGUUACGUAUAGAGAUAGAAUUAAAAUUAAUAAUAUAAAGAACAGUUUUGAAGUGGACUCAUUGCUGGAACUUAUAGAAAGCAGCCAGUUGAAAUACCAUGAGCAUUCCAAGUGAAUGAAUGAAUAGAUGUACCCAAGAAACAUAUGGAUUGGAUACCAAUCGGAAGAAGGCCAUAAGAAGACCAAUGAUCGAAUGGAGACAAAAUAUUGAACAAGCAAUUGGAAAUAGAUGAACAAUACAGGAGGAGGUUCAUGAACGAGAAUUAUAUCUGCACAAGAAAGUGUGGCGAAGUUUUGUUGGGUCAUGUAGCUGACAGGCUUUAAGCUUAAGGGGAGGAUGAGGAAGAAGAUACAGUGGUCUUAAUAAGUUGUACAAAGGCGGAGUUAUUACUGUUAUUGUACAUAUUACCUCUCCUUUUCCCAGUAAAUUAAUUCAUUGUAUUGCAGUCAUCAAGGUUAAAUAAUAGAUUAAAAGAAAUCUGUAAAAAUGAAAAUUUGUCAGAACAUUAUGGCGACCUUUUUCUUCAUAUGUUCUUGAAAAUCUAUUUUGAAAGUUCUCUGGAUCGUUUGAUAAAGAUGACAAUUAAGAACCAGUUUGACUCCUUUUCUAAUGUAAUCAGUAAAUCAAUUUUUCUUAAACUUUGUGAUGCAUUUUGCUAUGAAAGGGAGUUGACUUCCAUUACAGUCUUUUCUAGAAUUAUAAUAAUAGAUGACUUUUCGGCAAAUAAUCGUUAUUUUACGAGUCUUUGUAUCAAUGUCACUGUUAAAGAUAUGCAAUCAACAUUACAUUCUAUUAUUUAUUCAUUUGAUGGCGUGAUUACGUAUACGUGAAUAUUUUGGUCACUUUGGGCUCUAGGAGUUUCUAGUCACAAUAAUGAGAUUUUUUCGUAGAAUGUAACUUUUAAUGUGAACUAAAAUAAACAAAAAAUCAGU